GAAGAGAGAAAGCAUAUGGGAUCAAUCUGGAAGAAGAUCAGGCAGCUGACCGAGGGCAAAAUGCUGUGGUUCAGCAGCACUCACACCAAGUGUCUGCCGGAUGCAGGGGGCAUCAACUUCUCUGAGAUGAGCGGCGGCGUGACGCGGACGGCGGAAAGCGGAGGCGAGAGCAACGGAACUAACGACCGAUACGGGCAGCUUAGACUCAAUCUGCAAGAUCAGGGUGAGUCAGGCUACACCCCUGAGCGGCACAGCAACAAGGAGAGCAGCAUAGCAGUAGUGCUGCCACAAAAACCAGAAGAGGAGGAAGAAACACUUGAACUCAUCGCUCCCACAGAAGAAAAAGUUGAAGUCAUCAAGGUUUACCUUGAAACCCGCAGAGAGACAGCUGAGAGUGUCAGGAUGCUAACGGAUGAAGUGUCGCAGAUUCAAGAGGUGAGGUACUGUCUGAAGAGUCUGAGAGAGCAGAUGGCCGCCAGGCAGAAUAGUAAACACAACAAGUAUCCAGCCAAUGGCUUCAGAGUCAACAUGCCCAGCGGCCAACCAGCUGUCUCCAAUGGCAACACUGUUCUCAUUGAGUCAGAUGCUCAUGACGCAGAUAAUCAGGAGGACGGUGUAAAGCUCAGGGAGGCGACCAAGCAUCUUUAUGCGCAGCUGAAGGAGAUGGAGAGGAGGCAUCAGGAGGAGAGAGAGAGACUGCAGGCGGAGUCCAAUGAAUACUGCACUCGUCUGAUUGAGCAGUCGGAGAGGCUGCAGAGGGCAGAGGAGCAGUCGGAGGAGAGAGGUCAGCAGGUGGAGGAGCUGCAGAGGCUGCUGGCAAGCAUGGAGCUCGAGAGCGGCAUCCUCAAAGACAAGAUGGCGGCAGGGGAGGCAGAGCUGCUGCAGCUUAAAGCAGGCAGCGAGAAAGAGCAGAGGUGUGUAGAGCUGGAGAAGGAGGUGGCAAUUCUGAAGGAAAAGAUUCAUCACCUUGACGACAUGUUAAAGAGUCAACAGAGGAAGGUCCGCCACAUGAUCGAACAGCUGCAGAACUCCCGGACUAUCAUCCAAGAGAGAGAUCGAGUCAUCGGGGAUCUGGAGGAGAAGGUCGCUUUCCUGGAAGCUGAGAACAGGGAGAUGCAUGACCACAUGGAGUACUUCCUGACAGGCCAGAAUCCUCCACCCCCGACGUCCACUGAGAAUAAGCCAGAGGUUGUUUACAGUAAACCACUCACACCAGCAGCACAGACCAACAAGGUUCUCCCGUUCAUCAAAGUCAUUGAGAUCAAGUCCUGAAUGGAGAGUCAACCAAACAAAUGAUGAGAAGUAAAAAAAAAAAAAAAAACUGUAAAUAUAUAUUUAACCACCUGCCUGUAUACAAAACACAGGUCUGCAGUGAUUUAUAGUUACUUUUGAGAAUAUGCUCUGCAACCCUUUACAGGCUUUCUCAGUUUCAAACAGAAUCUAAACAGGUAAAGUAGGAGGGAAUUGAAACUGGGAUCCAAACAUAGAAGAAAUCCUAAAAAGGAAACAAGGAAUGAGCUGUGCAGUGCAAAGAAAUUUACCGGACUUUUAUGAUGAUAUACAUAGACACAAAUCUGAGCAGUAUGUACUGUGUCAGCAAGUCUUCAAGAUACAGUGGCAGUAGCAAGAGUUGAAUAAAGUUCCCUGUGUUAAGUUUUUCACUUCCACCUCUCUCCAGGUCAAUGUAAAAGGUGGGUCAAGAUUAUAAAAACAUAUUUUUGUUAAUGUCUCUGUUACAAAUACACGUGGACAAAUGUACAAAUAAUCCCAUUUUGCUGACCGUUGUCAGCACGUCUUCCUCCUACAGCCUACCCUUCCACAGUCCCAAGCAUCAGGGUUCAGGGUCAAAUUCCUCAGUGCUUUGCACCACAUUGCCAAUGGCAGGAAUGUAGUUGGCUGUGUCAGCAAAUAUGAUUUAUGUUUAACUUAAAUAUAUUUCUCUAACAUAACACAGGGUAGAAUGAAUAAAAGUGAUAGUGCUAUUUUACAUACUAGAAUUUUGACCUCCUUUGUUUUACUUUUGCUGAAAAAUACUUUAUUAGAGGCUACAUGUAGACAUUUUAGUAGUUUGUUUCAAUUUUAAUUAUCUAUGCUGCCAAGUGCUGCCUCAACACUUAUGAAUCCUGUUUU